AUGACAGAGACUCGGUUUGCUAUGUUUAAUUGCCACUGGACUCUCCGAAUCAAAUCUCUGUAUUCUUGUUUGAUUAAAGUGCAAAUAAGCUCAUUGCUGGAUGCACUAUCUAUGUUCAAUGAUGAGGAACCAAUUCCCUUCAAGAAGAUGCACCAAUUUUCCGCAGUCGACGGGUUUCUGCAGAUAGCUGAAGAAUCGGCAGAUAUGAUAAAAUUUGUGGCUAAUGAACCCUCUGUUGGGCUUUAUUACGUUCAACAGCACACCCAGAAUGCAGUUCCCAACCUUGUUAAUCUCCAGAACAAAGUUGUUGAAAAAUCCCAUGAGGUAACUUUGCAUACAGAAGAUUUAGAGGAUUCUAUUUCCAUGGUUACGUCGAUGAAAGAAUAUGGCUUCCCAAUUGCUGAUGAGAUGAGUCAAGAGAUCAAAAAAUCUCUUGCGAUCAUGUCAAAAAGACAGCCAAAGAGAGGGUUGUUAAAUAGCUCGGGUUUUCGUAUUGAUAGAACCAGCUCUUGGUCUCCGACCACCUGGGGUCGUAAUGCAGUUCAUUCAAAUAUGGAGGACGAGAGGACGGGUGGUUAUCUGUCAAGUGUUUUUCGAUCUGCGAAACAAAGAGCUGGAAAUUUCAAAUGGACUCAAGUCGAGUUUAAAGAAUCAAGCCUUCCCCAGGGUGAGAAGCUCUCGUCCUGUGUUCAUCCCACACUUGGAAAGGUGGUCGAUGGCUCAUCCUCAUCAAUGCCGGAGGCUGAGGCCGAAUAUUUGCCGUUGUCAAGUGAAGUUGAUGAGCUCGAAGAAGAAUCUCGACUAGAUAAAAGUUCAUCCCAUCAAGAAUUGAUCUCAUUAUCAGAGACAUAUCGUGAGUUCAAGGCAGAUAAAGAAGCAAAACUCGAAGAGUGGUUGGGAGAUACGUGCAACAAGGAUCGUCAUUGA